AUGAGUCAAUCGCGCACUCUUUCUUCUCCUUUUCUUUGCCCUCCCCACCGACUGCCAUGCAUCUUUCUUUUCAGUCUUCCCUACCCUUCUUUAUUCUUUCUUUCUUUCUCCCACCCAUCUUUCUUUCUUUCUUUUUUUCUUUCUUUCUUUCUUACUGCCACCCAUCUUUCUUUCUUUCUUUUUUCUUUCUUUCUUUUUUGUUUUCUUUCUUUAUUUCUUUCUUUCUUUCUUUCAUUAUUUCUUUAUUUCUUUCUUUCUUUCUUUCUUUCUUUCUUUCUUAUUUACCUGUCUUUUAUACCUACUUCCUAUCUCAUUCUUUCUUUUAUAUCUCCUUUCUCAUUUCCAUCUUUCUUUACAUUUUAUAUUUGCCCAUCUUUCUUUGAGUCUUUUUCUAUCUUUAGCUUUCUUUUACCAAAUAAUUUUCAUUCAUUCCUAAAAUUUGUUUCUAACAGUAGAGUAAAUUUCUUUCUUUUUGCUAUAUUUCUUCUAUCUAUCUAUCUAUCUAUCUAUCUAUCUAUCUAUCUAUCUAUCUAUCUAUCUAUCUAUCUAUCUUUUUCAGCCUGUUUAAAUGUUAUUACUUUAUCUUUUGAUUGUUUGUUUCUUUUGUUAAUUAUAUCUAUCUAUCUAUCUUUUUCGCUGGCUUUCUUUCUUUGUUUCUUUAUCCAUAAUUCACACUUCUUUUUUUUCCAUCAUUCUUCUUUCUUUCUCUAUUUCUUUCUUUCUUUCUUUAUUUAUUUAUUUAUUUAUUUAUUUACAUCUAUCUAUCUAUCUAUCUAUCUAUCUUUUUCAUCGCCAGCUUUUCUUCAUAUAAAUGUUCUUCUUUCUUUUGUUAUAUCUAUCUAUCUAUCUAUCUAUCUAUCUAUCUAUCUAUCUUAUUCUUUUCCUAUCUCUCUAUCUAUCAAUCUAUCUAUCUAUCUCAUUUUUUCCUAUCUAUCUAUCUAUCUAUCUAUCUUUUUCUCCCGGCUCUAUUCUUUAUCACUAACUCCAUUCCUUAUUUCUUUUCCAUUAUUUUUCUUUCAUUCAUUCAUUCUUUCUUUCUUUCUUUCUUUCUUUCUUUCUUUCUUUCUUUCUUUCUUUCUUUCUUUCUUAUAUCUAUCUAUCUAUCUAUCUAUCUAUCUAUCUAUCUAUCUAUCUAUCUAUCUAUCUAUCUAUCUUUUUUUUCAAAUAGCUUUCCUUCUUUAUUUCUUUAUAGAUAACUUAACUCAUUAUUACUUCUUCCGUUAUUCAUCUUUCUUUAUUUCUCCCUUUUUUCUUUUCUUUCUUUCUUUCUUUCUUUCUUUCUUUCUUUCUUUCUUUCUUUCUUUCUUUCUGUAA